GAAAUAUUGAGUGCAACUCUCCGUCUAACUCGGCAGAUGUCAAAAGGUCCAGAACCACAAAUAUGACCUCAGAAUCUAGCCCCGAAAUUAUUCAAUGGCUCGUCGACACACGGAAAUUAUGGCCCGAAGUAGCUGAAACGAAGCAGCUAGAGACAUUUCCCAGCUCUUCCCGCGCUCUUUCCCUGCUGCCGGAAACAGAACGCGACGCUGUGUUGAAAUAUGUCUUUGCUCGUGACGCCAAGAUGUCGCUGGCAUCGCAUCUGCUGAAGCACUACGUGGUUUCGUCAAAAGGCCAUGUUCCAUGGAAAGAGACGAUGAUCACGCGGAACGCGCGCACAAAGCCCGUCUACGUCGACCCGAGCACCGGCAGGCAGCCCGUCGCCUUCAACGUGACCCAUCAGGCCGGCAUUGUUGCCCUGAUCGCCGUGACCGGUGAUGCCAGCAGCGGGGGCGACGCCGGAGACAUCGACGUUGGCAUCGACGUCGUCUGCACCAGCGAAAGGCGGACCCGGGACCAUUCCAUGAUUACGCAGACUGGGGAUGGGUGGGCGCGUUUCGUGGACAUGCACGCCGACGUCUUCGCGCCGGCCGAGGCCAACUACUUGAAGUUUGUAGUGCCGGGCCAACCGGCCAAUCUGCUCAGCGGAACGGCCAGCCAGCUGAUGGACUACAAUCUGCGCUCCUUCUACACGCUGUGGUGCCUGCGCGAGGCGUACGUCAAGAUGACGGGGGAAGCCCUGCUGGCCAGUUGGUUGGGGGAGCUGGAGUUUAGGGACUUCAAGGCGCCGCCCAUUCCGAACGGUGCUGGGAGCGCGGUGGGGAGUCUAGAGGGUGACGACGAAGGUGUCGUGAGGAAUCAUGAAAUUUGGUUCAAGGGGAAAUUGGUCGACGAUGCUAAUGUCUGCAUGCGGUCGCUGGGGCCGGAUUACAUGGUCUGUACGGCGGUUCGGACGCCAGCAGAGAAGGAGAAGGGUUUGAGUUGGCGUAUGGGGCCAUUCAAAGUCAUCACUAUUGACGAAAUUGUCAAGUUUGCCGAGGAGCAGUAGUAAUUGUCAAUGGGCGGAUGCUGCAGCGAAUGGCUUGGUGCAGGCCAUCGAAUUGAUUGCAUACGCAAGCUCGUUUGAUAGUUGCGAUUACCAAAGUUAACUUUUACGGCGUAUGAAAACCUAUCG